AUAUAAGGCCGAAACACCACUAAGAUAGCGUUUAUAACGAUUUUCUACCGUCACGGUGCGCGACAGAGGCCACUUCUGGAUAAGAAGAUACAAUAAAAAUUUGGAAGUUUUUGAAUUUGCAUUAUGGGGGACGUCGUAGAUUGUAAUUUUCCCGUAUGGGGACUGCUACCCAAGAAAGAAACUGGAGUUAACCAGUAUCUCAUUAAAUAUCCGGAAUACGAUGGUAGAGGUACCGUUAUUGCUAUCUUCGAUUCUGGAGUCGACCCGGGUGCUCCUGGAUUACAGCUGACUAGUGAUGGAAAACCAAAGAUUAUUGCUCGGUUUGACUGCAGUGGGAAUGGAGACGUGGAUACCAGCACUGUUGUACAUUCGGAGGAGGGAUACAUCAUUGGACUCACCGGUCGCAAACUCAAGCUACCAUUCAACUGGAAAAAUCCAUCUGGUGAAUAUCAUGUUGGAGUUAAAGAGGCUUAUCCGCUUUAUCCAGCAAAAUUGCGUGAAAAAAUAAUAGCGGAGAGGAAGAAAAAAUAUUGGGAUGAUGGCCAUAAAGCAGCACUUGCAGAAGCCAGCCGAAAACUUCAGGAAUUCGAGGCGAAAAAUCCAAAUCCAACUAGUGUUCAGGAUAAAUUGACGAAAGAAGAAUUAGAGGCUCGGGUUGAGGUACUCCUAAAUGGCGAGAAGAAGUAUAAUGACGCAGGACCCACUUACGACUGUGUUGUAUACCAUGAUGGUGACAAUUGGAGAGCAUGCAUUGAUACAUCCGAGGAGGGAAAUCUUGAGGCUGGCAUUCAUCUGGGGGAGUACUCCCUCACUCAGGAUUAUGCUCCUCUUACCCAGCAAGAUCAGUUCAACAUUUCUGUCAAUAUUCAUAACAAUGGGAAUACUCUCGAAAUUGUUGGAGUAUGCGCAAGUCACGGGACCCACGUUGCAUCAAUAGCAGCGGCGAACUUUCCGGAGAACAAAGAAUUAAACGGGGUAGCUCCAGGCGCUCAAAUAAUAUCCUUAACAAUUGGCGACAACCGUAUAGAUCCCAUGGAGACUGGAACUGGUCUAGUUCGAGCAAUGAUUUGGAUAAUGAAAAAUAAUAAAAAAGUUGAUGUGAUCAAUAUGAGUUACGGGGAACAAUCACAUUGGUCUAACACAGGAAGGAUCAUCGAGCUGAUGAAUGAAGUUGUUGACAAAUAUGGAGUAACUUGGGUCGCGGCUGCUGGCAAUUUUGGUCCAGCUUUAUGUACCGUUGGUACACCACCAGAUAUCAAUACCAUGAACAUAAUAAGUGUGGGUGCAUAUGUAUCUCCGGAUAUGAUGGUAGCUGAAUAUUCAUUGCGUGAAAAAAUGCCAGGUAUGCCAUACACGUGGUCGUCACGAGGGCCAAUGAUCGACGGUGGUACUGGUGUUACUGUUUGUGCACCUGGUGGAGCAAUAACUAGCGUUCCAAAUUUCACCCUUCGACAGAGUCAACUCAUGAAUGGUACUAGUAUGGCGAGUCCACAUGUUGCUGGUGCAAUAGCCCUCCUUAUCUGUGGCUUGCGCGAUAAAGCCUGUCCUUUCUCACCUUUCAGCAUUAAACGAGCCCUCGAAAAUUCAGCGCUAUAUAUAGACUCAUUGGACUCAUUCGCUCAGGGUUCUGGUUUACUUCAGGUAGAGCGUGCUUUUGAAAAUCUCGUGACCAACUGUCAAGCUAUUGAGAGAGACGUCAGAUUUUCGAUAAACUGUGGAACUAAUAACUCGAAAGGUAUUCACCUGAGGACUGGAGCUAUUGAUCGACCGAAGGACUGUGCCAUAACAGUUGAACCGGUCUUUCUCGAUACCGAGAAUGUCGAUGCAUCUCGAAAGAUUAAUUUCAAUCUCAGACUUUCGUUGGUUUGUGAUGCCUCCUGGGUACAAUUUCCAUCGCAUUUUGAAUUGAUGCACAUGUCUAGAGCUUUUACUGUGAGAAUAGACGCUGUUAAAUUAAAUGAUGGUGUACAUGCGACUAAUAUUCGGGCCUACGAUGUCACAAAUAUUGAAAAAGGCCCAGUGUUUACUAUUCCUGUUACUGUCGUUCAGCCCUUGACUAUUCCAAAAUCAAUUAAUGUACCAGAUCUGCAUUACAAUCACGUUUUGUUCAAACCGAAUACUAUUAAUCGCCACUUCAUUCUCGUACCUGAGGACGCAACGUGGGCCGUUAUCAAACUCAAGAGCAAUGAUAAAGAAAAAACUGGAAGGUUUGCUAUACAAGCUGUGCAAUUGAAGCCACGAAUGGCAUCACGAACUCUACAAAUCAAUAAAAUGAUUAACAUCACUUCACAGUCGGAGACUGUUCAAGGGUUUGCUGUACAGGGAGGUCUGAUUGUUGAAGUUGUUGUUGCCAAGUACUGGGCUAAUCUCGGCGAAAUUUAUAUUGAUUAUUCCAUUGAGUUCCAUGGAAUUCAUGUGAUUGAUGGAAAUAUGACGAUGCAAUCUGGCGAUGGAAUUCAUCGGAUGGAGCUUCGUAGUUCCCUCAGAAAUGAGGAAAUUGUUCCGAGCAUAACACUUAAAUCCCUCGUUCAGGUUUUAAGGCCUAUUGAAGCGAAAAUAGUGCCUCUUGGUGACAGAGAUAUUGUACCACCUGCACGUCAAAUUUACGAGCUACAGUUGACGUAUACAUUCCACAUUGCUAAAGCAACCGAAGUAACACCAAAUGCUGCGUUUCUCAGUGAUCUUCUGUAUGAAAGUGAAUAUGAAAGCCAACUGUGGAUGCUUUAUGACUCGAAUAAACAGCUUUUGCAUUGUGGUGACGCUUUUCCGUGGAAGUACACUAUUAAAAAAUUGGAGAAAGGAGAUUACACCCUCAGAAUGCAUGUUAGACAUGAGAGGAAGGAUCUAUUGGAAAAGUUGACAGAUAUGGCUAUUCUACUUAAUCAGAAACUGGCGAAUGUAAUUAAUUUAGAUGUUUAUGCCAAUCACUCACAGGCCAUUAUCUCAGGAAAGAAAAUGGUCGCUGCUACUGUCCCACCAGGGCAUAUUCUUCCAGUUUACGUAGCUCCCAUGAAUAACGAAAAUAACUCAGAAAGCAAAAUAUCAAAGGGCGCAACACUGGGAACCUAUCUCCAGGGCUCAGUGACAUUUUGUAAAGAUGAGGCACGGAAGAAAGUCGAUUGUUACACCUUCAAAUACGUAUUAUCCGAGGUAGCUAAAAAAGUUCCUCAAGCGGUCAAGUCGGAUGACGAAAAGGUCAGCAAAUGGGACGAGUAUCAGGAUACACUGAGAGAUAUGAAAUGUACAUGGCUGGCAAAAUUAGCUCCAUCAAUCAAAGCGACGGAGCACGCAACAGCUCUUUACAAUGAGCUUCGCACCACUUAUCCUGAGCAUUUACCCGUCCAUACUGCCAUGUUGACGUCCCUAGACUCCCCCGAAGCUAGACGAAUACUUCCCCAUGAUGAUCUCAGUGAAAGUGCAAUAAGUUUCGCCGAUCAAAUAAUCGAUGUUGCCGACAAAGUGAUUGCUGCUAUCGAUCAAGAAAAAUUAUUGGCAUUCUACGGUAUGAAACAUGAUCAGAGACCCGAUGCCUCUAAAAUCAAAUCAACGAUGGACAAACAAAAGAAUCUAUUAGUUGAGGCACUCGUUAAAAAGGGCUGUGCUUAUUCGAGAUUAUAUAUUCACACGCGUAAACGAGGUGAAACUGAAGCUGCUAUGCAUCUUUCUACGGUAACACAAAUUUGGAAUGAUGUCCAAAAAUACGCUGAAGCCACAGAUAACAAGGUCCUGAUCCUGUCUUUAUGGCACGCGCAUAUUAACAAACACUACGGGCGUUACCUUAAACUCCUGACACGUUACUACGAGGACAAACCACUCAAGGAUAUCGACGAGAAAUUUGUUGAAAUCACGAAAACAAUAGGUUGGGAUCAUUGGACGAGGCACAUAAGUGGAAGUAUACCAACGCGUCAUUCUAAGGCGUACAGGCCAUUUUGAAAUGUGAUUCAGUAAUAUACAUCAUUAAUUUUUUCUAAAAGAGGAAAAAAAACUAACAAUAAUCUGGAUAUGAAGAAUGUACGUUUCGCUAAGGUGAAACUGCUUUUAUUCACGCGAUCGGCAACUAAAGAAAAUAUAUAUGAAUAUAUAUAUUUCCGAUCAUUUCUAGAAGCACUAUGCGAGGUUGUGAAAUUCACGAUUCUUUGAAUUUCUACUCAAUGAACUAUAACAAUUGGUCGAAUUUACCGGACAACGAGAUAUCAGUCGAGUGCUCGCUCUUCAAAAAUAUUUGAAAAACUGCUCUGCGAUUUUAUAGGAACGCUAUGACACUCACCAGGAAUUAUUUAAUUCACCACCAGGAGAGGUUCCACGGCAAACAAUCCAAAAUGAUAAGUGUUUCCAUCUUGAAGAGUUCAAAUGAUUAUCGUUCCGUGUGUGUGUCAAGUUGGUUCAAAUUAUUGGUUUUUUUUAAGAUCACAUCUUCGACGAUGAGCUUACCUCAUUAAACUUUGUGCAAUUGUUUUAUCAAUUGUCCUGAAAGUAUCAUCAACGUUGCAAUGAUUCUCGAAUGAUCCUGUGAAUUUUUACUCGCAAAAGGCAAAUUUUUUAAUCAAUUUUAACACAUUAAUACUGAUUACCAUUUUUGUGAGUGAAAUACGUUCACAGGAUUCUUUGAAUGACUUAACGCUCAUGAAAUUAGAUUUAAAAAAUUCUGGAUUAUUUUUAUGAAAAUGACUGAUUCGAGAAACAUCAAAAUAAUCACCAAAUAAAAAUGGAAACUUUGGCACUG